UGUGAAACACAAGUUUUGUAAUCGACAAAGUCGACCAGGUUUGCCUGUGAGAGAAAUGUUCAAAAAGAAAAAGAAUAAAACCAAAGAUGACAUUUUGAAUGUGCACAACGGUCAUCAAAAAAGCCAUUCCCCAAGGAUUUUGUCAAAUUCUUCGACCGUUUUAGAUGACGAGAAUGGCAAUGACAGUGUAGAUGGAUUCGACCCCGAAGGGUUUGUUGACCUCAAUCCUGAAGAGCAUCAACCAAAGUUACUGGGGCCUAAACAAAGCUGCCAGGUAUUUGGAAUCUUCUUUUUUUUUACUGUAGUCACUAAAUUCAACUUUCCUUUCAUCACUGUUUUUAAAACAAAAUGGGUUCUAAAACUGACAAGUCGGUUUAACACCUAUCAUAUUCCGUCUUCCUCAUCAAUAAAUAUCAAAGUAAUAUUGUCAAAAAUUGUUUCGUUGUUAAGUCGCCCAGUCGAUGGUUGUCUUUUGCAUGUUUUUACACGCUGAUCUUACGAACUCGUCACAAGAGCAGAGCCAACAAGUGGUUAUUCAAUAUUUGUGAAGAUCAACAUAUAAUCACACGCUUGAAUCAUCCAUUCACCUAAGUGGUCUUUAAAAAAGCAUUGAAUUCUUACAUGACCAAUAUAAAAAACUACUUAAGUGAAUGCAAAUUUUUUGGCAACGUUUUGUGUUUUGUUGAUGGUGAAUGUUAAUGAAAGAGUGAAACUACUUGAUUUCCUUUGAUGCCUACAAAAAACUAUACAACUACAAACACAAUGCAAUUUCCUUUGAUACAUGUUCCAACUAUUAGUAAAAACUAUACAACUACAUACGAGUGAAACACAAUGCAAUGAUACAUGAUUACAGACCGAAUUGACGACACGAAGUUCUGUUACCAAUUAAUCAUAACCUGAAACUAUUUUUUGUCAAAACACAAGAAAUUAGAAAUGUCCAGCUUGUAAUUAAUACUACUGUCCUAUUAAACUGUCCAAUAAGGCUGAAAAUCACAGUUUUGUUAUAGGACUAGGACUGAGUGGAGUCCAAUUCGGUCUGUAAUCAUAUGAGUCAUGAGCAAAAUUGGUAGACCGCGUAGCGGGAGUCCAAUUUGUUUAAUCACGAGUAUGAUUGCAGACCAAUUUGACGAAACAAAGUUCUUUUACCAAUUAAUCAUAACUAUAACAAAAUUUCUGUUAUUUUAGGCUUUUUUAAAGUUAAAACACAAGAAAUUCUGAGAGGUUUUUUUUUUGCUAGCACUGAAAAUUAAAAAGCCAUUUAAGCACGCAUGUGAGAUGGUGUGUUCAGUCUAAUUACAACCAUGAUGCAUACUGUCCUAUGAUACUGUCCUAUUAGUGCUGAAAUCAGGACAGUUGAUAGCCAAUCGGAUUUGAAAAUUUUGUUUUGCUUUGUUUUGUAGUUUUUCAGUAGUCUUACUAAUGACGGAUAUCAGAUGAGUUUUUUUGUGCGUGAUAUCCAGCAAAGUGAUAGGUCUCAUUUAAAGUCACAGGCUAAAGCUAACAAUAUGUACAGAAGACCUCGCUGAAAAUUCUGUGUAGAAACUUGCGCUCCAUUUCACUACAGCUACCUUUCUUGGUUCCCGAACAGCUUUCCCAGGCCUAAACUUUCAUUUUUCAUUUCAAUGGUGUAAUUAAGACAAAAGCAUCCAAAUUGCAUUGGCCACAUGACAAGAAUUUUUGAGGCCUAGGCAAAGUACAUGUACACCAUUUCUGCAUUUUGUCUUAAAGCAAUUCUCUGAGACAUUGUCUGUUAUAGGUCAAAAUAAAAUUAAGGUUAAAAUGGUUUAUCCUUGGUUGAUUCUUUAUGAUUACUAGGGCUAGAAAACAGAGGAAAUUAAAAUUAUUGGAAAUCAAUCUAAUCAACUGUCUGAUGAGCCAAACAAAUGUGUACAAAACAGGCUAAAUUUUUACUAAAUUCAUUUACUGGUUUUACUAAUAUAAACUGACUCUUUUUGAAUUUCCUGUCUAAGAAAAUGAGCCUAAACUCCUAAAAUCAUGUUUUCCCAAAAAACUGGGUUCAACGUGACCAAAACCUGUUAUAUGUUCCUGUAACUAUUGUAAGUUGAAUGACAUUUUAAUUUUCUUUUUAUUCAAGUAUAUAGGAACAUUUGCUGUCACCCUUAGUGGUUCAUUUAAAGAUGGUGAGACAACCUUAACUACACAUAAGGAGAGAACAAGAUUUGUGAAAAAGAAACUCAGAGAAUAUAGGGUAAGUUUUGAUGUUCACUUGUCAGGCUCGGCAUUCAAAUUCUAGUCCAACCAAUUCAGGUUUCACGAUACUUUCAUUGUGUAAACCUUUUGGUAAGUUUAAAACUUGCUAGAAGUACCCAGUUAUGCUAAUAUCAGACUGGAUAAUUUUACAGCCAGUGCUUCCUGUUUACUAAGUUCUUCAUGUUUACAGUGUUUUUGGAUGGGUAUUCAUUUAACUUGCCUGUUCUUUCAGUCUGUAAAAUUAUUGCUUUGAAUCUUUAAAAGUUUGUAAUUCCAAAACAAUGUUUGGAGUGAAAUUUGUUGUUUCGCAUUAUUAAACAAAAGGGCUUUUGCUUUUUGUGUUGAAACUGACUCGACCACUGAUUCAACCUAAACCACCUAAAACUUGUUAAUUAAUAAGUUGUGUUAACCUUUGCGUUGAAUCCUUGGGCUCUCCACUAAAAGGCGCAUGCCUAACAUUUCAUUGUAUGUGUGAGCAACCAGGAACCUCCCUCUAACAGACAGUUCCUGCUGUUUAAUAAAUUUAUUUAUUAACUUCCUUGGUUCUAUAUUUGUAAAUUUAUUAGAUACUGGUAAUGACUACUUGUUUAACUGUCAGUGAUGUUUAUUCUCCAGGAUGCAAAGAAAGGUGUUGGUGUUUUUCUACUAAUUUCCAGUGAUGGAAUCAAAGUCAUUUCUGCUGAUGGACAGGUAAAAUACUGGGCCGAGUUGUUCAAAGCUGGGUUAAGAUAACCCAGGGUUAGUACAAGAUUUGAAGUUAGAUUUGAAAGCUUAAAAUGCAUUUCAGUUUUAAUUUUUUUUAUGUCUACAAGUUAAUGGUUGGAAGCUCUAAAAAAUAGCAGAGAAAAUUAUUCGAGAAAAUGCUUUUGAACACAAGAAAAACAAACAUGGGUAAAAUCAGAAACCCAUGAGGGGUUGAAACGUGUAACUCUCAUAUGUUUGCUUUGUCCGAUGCUCGUGAUUAUUCAUUUUCAAAAGUACCAUAUUUGGAACGAGAAGAAGAGAUGACUGACCAAUCAAACUUCGUAAACAACGUGACAUAAUUUCACUUCAGGUCAGUUCCCGCGCCCGCUUAAAAGAAUGGCCGACAAACGGGGGAAAAACUCUCGAAAGCCGGGAAAGCUUUCAAAGGUUGAAACCAGGAAUCUUACCAAAACACUGAGCAGGAUAUUAUUGCCUUACCCCCAAGGCCAAACGUAACAUUAUGAAACCCAUUGAUGUCCUCACGAUGUCUUGAAGUUGUCACUGCAAAAAACGAUGCCUCGUUGACCCUCUGCACAGUAAACUUAUACUGCAAAUAGGCUUUUAAAAUUUUUAUAUUAAAAGUCUAGAAUGAACAGUAGAAAAUAUUUUCGAAUAAAAUUCAUUAGCUGCGUAUCGAAAAGUGUCCAAAAACUGAACCUGACAUCUUCGCAAAAAGUGAUGCGCGUAAUGAAUGUGAGUUCUAAGCAUUUAAGCUUAAAUUCAGCGUGGGUGUUGUAGUCACGAUCGUGUUUUGAGCUAAUUUUAUGAAUGAACAAACUCAAAACAAUAGACAGAGAAGCCGUUUCUUGAAAAUUUUUAUUCAAAGUCCAAAAGUUAAUCCUUUAAAGCAAUUCGGAAAACACUAUCUGGAUUGUAGAUCCGUUCACGCAAGUGAAAUCGGCUGAGCACAUGGCAAAAUUAAACACAAAAUCCAUCUCAAAUCGGGGCACAUUUUGUAAUUUUUCUUUAAAAAUUUAUAAAGCGUCUAUGAAACAUAUAAAAAUACUUAAAUUCCCUUUCAAAAACGUAAUUGUCUUGGCCAUAGAGUGCAAAAUGUACCUGAAAAUUCAGCUAAAACUUAACUGCCCUGGUUGCAUUUCAAAACAGACCAGAGAUCCGUCGUGAAGAAAACAAGGUUGAAUUCCUCGAAGGACGAUUUUUUGAUGAAAAGCUUCCCUUCCUCCACCAAAAGAAAGCUGAGCAUUCUGCUGAACUUUCUCUUUCCAUUUUUUUGUCUUUUAACGGUGUAUUUUUAAGCCUGAAAUGCAGAACUCUUGUCUUAAAACAUCUGCAUGGUGAUCGCGCGGCAGCCAUUUGUUUAAAAUGGAUAUCUGUCACCAAGGUUUCCAAAUAUGGUAAAAGUGAAUGUUCACGAGCAUUGAACGCGAGUUACACGUUUCAACCCCUUAUGAGUUUCUGGUAAAAUUUAAUCCGGGGUUAAGUGCUAAUCGGCCUUUGAACAACUGGGCCAUGGUUGGUUCUUCUAACAUAUUCCACGGGCAAUAAGUUAGUCAUGAGUCACAGCCAGCUCAGAUUUGGCAGAAGAUGCUCAACCUGGGGUGGUAGGAACUGGUAGCCUGAGUUUCAGAUGAUUACUGAGUCGUUUUUACUCCCUCUGCAAGGGAGUAAAAACGACUCCAAGUAAUCAUCUGAAAUUCAGGCUAGGGAACUGGUAGCCUGUUAAUACAGUCAUCUCUUCUCACUCUUUUCACUAGGGACAUUUUGCAGUCAGGAGUGGGGGGUGGGGGAGAGAGCUGUAUUUGUAGGCCACUUAAAUAAAAGUGAUUAGGAUGGUCUUCGUACAUUUACUUUUCAAAAGAGGGUUGGCUCUUAUCAUUUUGGCUGUUGAAUUUUCUCCAGAAGUUACCAUUGUUUAUUGUAAGAAUGAUGAUGAAAAUGAUAGUAAUCUGGAUAUGAUUUCCUCAUGGAAAGUUGUUUUAAUUUCAGCGUGUUAGAAUGGCUCAUGCAUUGCAAAGAAUUUCCUUUGCCACAUGUGAUCCCGAAUUCAGACUCUUUGCCUACAUGUCACACAAUCCUUCUCCAAUGGGGACAGCCAUUCAUUGCCAUGUGUUCAUGACAAAAUAUAUAAGACAGGUGAGAGCAUUGUAACACUUUUAUGAAAUCUUGGGAGUGAAGAUAGGGAGCAGAAAAUACAAGGAAAUUGUGGCAUAGUGGCUUUAAGAGAAAGGUGCGUGACUUGAGCAUUAAAGCAUUUACUGUAACAGGUCAUUGCAUGACAUGUAGUGUGAUACUGUAUGCUGCCUUCCAAAUUUGUUUCUUGCAUAUUUGGGCACGAGAGAACAUGACAGCGAAUGUGGUAAGUGUGUGAAGUGCGAAGCAAUCAGAAUGAAAACAGUCUUAUUAUGGCAGUAUGUUUUACAUGUGUAUUCGUUGAACCCACGGGGUGUAGCAUUACCUUCUGCAACAUGUAUUGAUCAUAUGGAGGUUAUGCUUCAGACCAGGUCAUUGCUGUAACAAAUAUUGCACUUUCGGACUGUUUUGGGGAUGAAUUUUAACUCAGUCUCCUGCACAACGUCAUAAGGAGCCCCAUAGUACAAUUCAUGACAACACUGACCCAGUCUCACUUUAACCUCAAAAUGUCCAAUAGUAGAACACUGCCUUACAAGCACUCCAUUUAUAUGACAUCCCUGUCAUUGGAACCACUUUUUUCUGCCUUGUUCAUUUGGCUAAGUUGUUGUUAUUGCAGAAUUUUUAGGGCUGUUGAGUACCCACAUUUGUUGUACUGAAAGAGUAUCAUUGCUUGCAACUUAUAAUUUACAAUAACUGUUGUCGUCGGUAUUUCAGUUUGUAUACACGGGGUGAAGGACUUUUAACCCGUUUGCUGAAGUGAAAUGUUUUAACAGAUGGAUACAUUUGCUGUAGAGUUAAAAGGUUUCCAUUUAAGUAACUUUAAAUUUAUUCUUGUAGUUCUUUCUUGGCAAAGCAUCACUUAAUGGCAUGGUAGUAGAGAUGAUUAUUAAAGUGAUGGUCUUUUCUUGUGAUGUGAUCGGUGGAUAAAUUAGAUAUCCUGUUUUGUUUUCGUUUACUUACUAGGUACAAAGUUUGACAGCUAUGAUUGGCAAGGCAUUUCAACUUGCAUUUGCAGAUUCAAAGUUUCCAAAAGGAACAGAGCUUAAGAUGGAACCAGUAUCCGAAAUGGUUUCUGAUGAAAGGGUGGUCCAGGGUAGGAGAUGGGUGAGUGUGGGGGCAUGUUUCUGCUCUUUCUAUUGACAGCAUUUGCUACUUUUUUCACUGAUCUGUAUACCUUAAGAGUGCAACUAUUAAAGGUUCCGUUUUGGGUGUUGUAAUUCAUUACUUUCAAUGUUUAUUUCAGGCAAAGCUAGAGGCUCGGCAAGGGCAUGAACAUUCACAGCACGCCAUUGUGGCUAAAAUGAAAAAGCAUCAGGAGAAGUCGCAUGGUAAAAGUCCAAGCACCUCACAAGAGCAAUCCAUGCCCUCAGCACCAUCUGUACAACCAUCAACGUCUUCUCAGGGAUCGCCGUUUGGAAGAAGACGGUCCUUUGGCAAGGCUCGUACUCCUCCUGAGGUGCGGCGAUCAGAUCUUGCACAAAGGAAUCUUGGUGGUAAUGAACAAAGGACAAAUCUAUCAGAUGAUGUGGUGACAGAUGCAGUUACUGAUGGAAGCCCGGAAAUUGUAAGAAAACGUGUGGGAACUCCCGGAGCCUCUCAAUUGCAGCCAGAAGACAGGAAAAUAAGUGCACCAGCAACCAUUUUACAAGAUUCUCAAAAAACCCCACAAGAGCAAAACGUUCAUGUUCGGCACGAGAAGGAGCGUCCUUUAUCUUCAGAAGGGCAUAUUGUUCGAGGGCGUUCCCAGACUCCCCCACCAUCAAGAAGUGACGAAAAGUCACCAUCUGUUAUUGUAACUAACCAGCAGAAUUUGAUGUCUCCAAUCGCAAAGUCCUCCUCAGACCCAAAUCUAGUGACAAAGGGAGGCAGUACACACAAAACUGUGUCCAAACGUAACAGUCAUGAGAAUGAAGACUGGUAUAUGCCUGGAAUACCAAGGUCAGUUACCUUAUGAUUUAAAUUACAGUUAAUCCAAGUUAGUCCAAAGUAAACAUAUUGCCCCAGAAUAUAGAAUGUUGUGGGUGCACUCAGCAAGCCUAAGGGUAAGACAGCCUCUAAUAGCGUGUGCACUGGAAUAUGCUCCGUGCCUAUCCCAAGAAACUUUUUUUUUGUAGUAUCUUUCCCAAUUAAGUUUUCUUCAGGUACUUGAUCUUUGCUCUUUUUAGAUCACGGCCCUCCACCAACUCUUGACAUUGUUGCAAAAUAGUAACAUUCCAGGAAAAUUCUGGCACUCACAACUGACUUUUUGAAUAACAAACUUUUAUUUGUGCAUGAAACUUUAAGUGUUGUCCACGUUUCUAAAAAGGUAUGACCGCACAGAUUUCUUCAGCGAUAGAUAAUCACGUUGGUAAUGAAACAACAUUUUUAUUAUGUGUCUCUUUUACUGGAUCCUGAUAGCCCUCGUGUUCUUUUGUCACAUCCCCUUAUUUAUAAUAAUAAAUAUUGAAAUAUUGAUCUUUUUAGGGAGUUUGUAACUGAGAUGCUAGAGAAGGCAGAGGAGGGGACAUUUUUUGUGCGUGACAGUCAAAGUCGGCCUGGUUGCUAUGCUCUGACCAUGCGCGUUCCUCAAGAAACCAGUCCCAGUGGAUUUGGAAACUUUCUGAUUGUUAAAGUCAAAGAUGGCGUCAUGAUACAGGUUAGCACAAAUCAAGUGAGUUACACACGUGUUAUUAUCUAGAGAAGCCCUCCCUCUUAUAAAGCUGUGUAAGUAAAGAAUUAGGCUCUGAGGGUCUCCUGGCCAUUCUUUUUUUGUUUGUCUGUGUUUGUGUUUGUUUUUUGUCUUUUGCGUUUUUUUUAACGCGGUAAGAUUAGCUCAGUUGGUAGAGCACUUGACUGCAGAGCGGGAGGUCGCGGGUUCGGUUCCCAGGGCUGGAUCAAUACUCAGGAUCUUAAAAUAACUAAGAAAUGAAGGUACUGCCUUUCCCUGCAAGAGGCUUAGACCUUCACUUGACUCGGAUGACCACCUUAAAUAGCGGUCCCGUGUCCAGUUGGAGACGUAAAAAAUAGUGUCCCCCGAUUAACACUCUCGUUUGUCACUCAAGAAAGUACUUUUUUUCUUCAUUUCUGGUCAAAAAUUGAAAUGUCUAACUGAUGACCGCUAUCCUAGAUGUUUAUGUCCUACUUUUAUUUCUCGUUCCAACAGGGUUUUGAUAAGGUCUUAACAGAUUUGACAUCCUUGGUUGAACAUUACUCGCAGCAUGCAGAUGGUCUUCCAUGUAAGCUGCUGCUUGGUGGUUCUAAUGUGUUGUGUGAGGAUGAAGACUACAUAAGUAUGGUUCCUAAUGACCCGGACUAUCAGAAUCUGUCAGAUUUCACUGCCAUGAUGGCUGAACUGAAUUAAACCAGAACCACCGUAUAAUGCAUAACUAUGCCAAGGUAUUGACCAAAAGAAAUUUGGUUGUAGAUACCUUACGUGAGAACGGAAAGGCAGCUCGGGAUAGUCCUUUCUUUCAUAUGCCAAAUAAUGUAACACUACUGCACUUUAGGUUUUCAUCCAAAGUCAAAACAAAAAAAAAGCACUCACGUAAAGUACUGCCCAGUAGCGUUUACUUCAACCGUGACACUAGGAUUUUAUAUGCUGGCUUAGCGUGGCCAGGCUGUUAGAUAUAAGGGACAUUGCGAAAGUAAACCCCCGCGAGUUUUUUUGCCCUCUUUUUAAUGCACGACUGCACUGCUAUCUUGGAGCCCUGAACAGGCUACCGCAGACUCAAAAGAUAGAACCACCUUGCGCAUUGUAAUAUGCCGUGAACGCCCUGUACAGCUCCGUUUGAAAGUACUGGUUAACAGCUUCGUUUCUGAUUGGCCGAGCCAGGACAUAACGAGAUCAGUCAAAGUUUUUAGAAGGUCAGGGUUUAUAAUGAUAGAACUGAACGUUGGCACUGAAGUGAUCAGAAUUCGUAUUUAUCGUCACCCGUUUGCUUUAUUUUAACAGCAAGGGGGAAAAUUAGGUAUUUAUUACAGCCCACAUCAUCUUUUCACCUUCUACUAAAGUGUUUAUUACAAAAAUAUUGAUGUUACAUGUGCAGGAUCAUUAUAUCUUUCUGGG